AGCAAAAGGAAGAAAGGAACACUCUUUCCUCCUCUACAUCCAGCAGAUUUCCCCCACCGGCCGCCGGACGCCACCAGAUACACCGCAGGCUCCGGGGAGGCGCAUCUGCCCCGCCGCGCCCGCCGGCACGCCGCCGCCUGUGACUGACUGACUGACCCCCUUUAUAAACUUCCGUGAACCACCCACCCAACCACUCGGAGCCGGAUAUCCCCACACCACCACCACAGAUGGCGUCCGACUCCGCCGCGAGGGUCGACGGCAGCGCGCUCGCAGGUCGCGCCCUAGCGGCCGCCGGGGCGCGGCACAUGUUCGGGGUGGUGGGCAUCCCGGUGACGUCCCUGGCCUCCCGCGCGGCCGCCGCGGGCUGCCGCUUCCUCGCCUUCCGCAACGAGCAGUCCGCGGGGUACGCCGCCGCGGCCUACGGCUUCCUCACGGGCCGCCCCGGCCUGCUCCUCACCGUCUCCGGGCCCGGCUGCGUCCACGGCCUCGCCGGCCUCUCCCACGCCACCGCCAACGCCUGGCCGCUCCUCAUGGUCUCCGGCUCCUGCGACCAGCGAGACGCCGGCCGGGGCGACUUCCAGGAGCUCGACCAGAUCGCCGCCACCAAGCCCUUCGCCAAGCUCGCCGUCAAGGCCGCCGCCAUCGCCGACAUCCCCCGCCUCGUCUUCCAGGCCCUCGCCGCCACCGUCGCCGGCCGCCCCGGCGGCUGCUACCUCGACAUCCCCUCCGACGUCCUCCACCAAACCCUCGCCGAAUCUGAGGCGGCCUCCCUCAUAGCGGAGGCCGUGGCCGCGGCCGGUUCCGCCGAUCCGUCCCCGCCGAAACACAAGUCCCUGGACCAGGGCAUCGUGGAGGCGGCCGAGCUGCUCCGGCGCGCGGAGCGGCCGCUGGUUGUGGUCGGGAAGGGCGCGGCGUACGCCCGCGCCGAGGAGGCGAUCCAGAAGCUGGUGGACACCACCGGCAUCCCCUUCCUUCCCACUCCCAUGGGGAAGGGGGUCGUGCCGGAUGUGCACCCACUCUCCUCCACCGCCGCGCGUUCCCUCGCCAUUGGGCAGUGCGAUGUGGCGCUCGUCGUCGGCGCGAGGCUCAACUGGUUGCUUCACUUCGGUGAGCCUCCCAAGUGGUCCAAGGAUGUCAAGUUCAUACUUGUGGACGUUUCUGAAGAUGAAAUUGAGCUUCGGAAGCCCCAGGUCGGUCUGGUUGGGGAUGCAAAGAGAGUCGUUGAGCUCCUCAACAGGGAGAUCAAGGAUCAGCCAUUCUGCCUGGCGCGAUCGCACCUGUGGGUUGAUGCAAUCACCAAGAAGAGCAAGGAUAAUGUGCUUAAGAUGGAGGCACAGCUUGUGAAGGAUGUUGUGCCGUUCAAUUUCAUGACACCCAUGCGGAUCAUUCGUGAUGCGAUCCUUGCCGAGGGGAGCCCUGCUCCAAUAGUGGUCUCGGAAGGGGCCAAUACCAUGGAUGUUGGCAGGGCUGUGCUUGUGCAGAAUGAGCCAAGGACAAGACUGGAUGCAGGGACAUGGGGAACGAUGGGUGUUGGGUUGGGGUACUGUGUUGCAGCAGCAGUGGCUGAGCCAGAACGGCUCGUAGUUGCUGUGGAGGGCGACUCUGGAUUUGGUUUCAGUGCAAUGGAGGUUGAGACCUUGGUGAGGUACCAGCUGCCCGUUGUCGUCAUUGUGUUCAACAACAACGGUGUCUACGGUGGCGACAGAAGAGGCCCAGAUGAGUUAACAGGCCCCUACAAAGAUGACCCCGCGCCAACCUCCUUCGUUCCUGGGGCAGGUUACCACAAGAUGAUGGAAGCGUUCGGAGGAAAGGGUUAUCUCGUCGAGACACCGGACGAGCUAAGAUCCGCCCUCUCGGAGUCGUUCCGCGCCAGGAAACCGGCGGUGAUCAAUGUCACCAUUGACCCAUAUGCAGGCGCGGAGAGCGGCAGGAUGCAGCACAAGAACUGAGUGCGCCCGCAGGUGCGAUGUUGAAGGGUUCAUUGCUCUGUAUUGCAGCUGGCGUGUUGAAAUCAAAAUGGACACCCUGAGGAACUAAGAUCUGAACCUACUUGUCGCUGCCCCUGAAAUAAGAAGCCCUACUGGCACUGGAUAGUCUCGACUUCGCCGGUGGCGUGUGACUUUGUAUAUUGUGUUUGUGGACACUAGCAAUUGAUUGUAUACUUGUAUAAUUCAAGUGUUAGCGGCAGAGUGCAACUGGGACUACUGCUGCGUAUCGGUCGCGCAAUUCUGUCGAGCUUUUCUGGAAAGUGCCCCAUUUAGCGAGAAUUGCUAAUGAAGCCUGAAUUUUUUUA